GCCCUUCACUAGAAACAGACACUGUAUUACAGUUCUCUCCAGCCAGUAACUCUGUAGCACAGUUCCAGGGAGCAAGGCAGUAGUCUGCUUCUCGAAUUAGAUCAGUCAAUUGCCCAUUCUCCUCUUUGCUAAGAUGUUUUCGAUUUGGACCACUCUCCUUCUGGCUGGAUGUUUGCUGUUACCUUCAGACUCUCAGCCCGAGAACCAAAAAGUGAAGCAAAGAUCUCUUCGACAAAAAGACUUGGACAUCAUAGAUAAAUAUAAUGGUUUAUGUGUGCAAGGACCGAUGGGUCUUCCAGGUCGAGAUGGAACUCCUGGAGUGAAUGGAAUCCCCGGAACUCCUGGAAUUCCAGGUCGUGAUGGAGCAAAGGGAGAGAAAGGAGAAUGCAUGAGAGAGAGUAUAGAAGAAUCCUGGACCCCCAACUUCAAACAAUGUGCAUGGAACUCCCUGAACUAUGGCAUAGACCUCGGGAAAAUUGCCGAAUGCACAUUUACAAAGAUGCGUUCACACAGCGCAUUACGAGUUGUCUUCAGUGGGUCUCUGCGUCUUAAGUGUAAGACGGCAUGUUGCCAACGCUGGUACUUUACGUUUAAUGGAGCUGAGUGCGCAGGUCCACUUCCCAUUGAAGCCAUCAUCUAUUUGGACCAAGGCAGCGCAGAAUUCAACUCCACCAUUAACAUUCACCGAACAUCCACAGUGGAAGGUUUGUGUGAAGGUAUCAGUUCCGGACUUGUGGAUGUGGCAGUUUGGGUAGGGACCUGCGCGGACUACCCAAGAGGAGAUGCAUCUACUGGAUGGAAUUCAGUAUCUCGGAUCAUCAUUGAAGAAUUGCCAAAAUAAACAGUAUAUUUUAGAUUUUGUAUUAAAAAUUAAAGAUUUGAAAAAAUCCCAUGGGCAGCAAAUAUUACCUCCUUUGGAUAAUCAAAAGAAGGUAACAGUGAACAAAAUCGUUUUCUACAUACUGUAUUAUAGAAAUAAAGUGUUUUUGUGGAUUAUGUAAGUAUUAAUGAUUAACGGGAAUCUACUAAACGUUGUUUUGUUUGUCUACAUUUAAAAAGUUUAAGAUUUAACAUCAUAUUAAACUUUAAAGUAGAUUGACCACUAAGUGUUUGAAUAAGGUCUGCUUGAGGCAACAGAAUUAAAUCCAUGUAUUUAUUGGCAAAUUGCCAGCAAAUAUGGAGGUAAAAUAAAUAUUCGUAGACCCUCUUGCUCGGAAACAGUUAAAUGUUAACACGAAAGACAAUAGAUUCCGUUUGACGCUGUCCAUAUACCAAUAUACAGUCUUGAUGGGCACUAUAUAAAAGCUGACAUCUAAUCGAUUGCAGGACAAUUGAAACUUAGAUCCUCAGCUGAAAAUGUAUUGGGAAAAAGUAAUGAUAGCUACCAUAUUUGUGUUUCUUUAGUUUGGAUGUUUGCUAAAGUAAGAUUUUAAUGUGAAUUUCAAAUUUAAAGCCAGAAUUGAAAGCAUAGCUGGCUUUGAGAAUUGUAAAAGUUUGGCUAUUUCGAUCUUAAAUUUAAAAUACAUUUUGAAUCCUCACUUUUAGUGAAUAACCCAAAUAGUGUUAAGUCAUUCUGAACCAUUGAAGGUCAAAACUGUUUGCAAUCGUUUUUUAAAAUGUUUUAAUAAUAAAAAUAAUUAUAAACAGAC